CCAUAAGACAAUAAAAGGUGAGGUAAAAGCCAUAAAUGGGGACAAUCACAAGAACAGUAAAUAAAGUGCAUAUUUCACAGGACUGAUCAUAUUGCACAUCCAAAGAGAUGUUGCACACUCCAAAAGAUCAGUUCUUAGAGUUUAGUUCUCUAAUAGCACUUGGAUAAAACCUGUUUUUAAGGAUGUGAAGCACCUCCCAGAGGGCAACAGAAUGGAAAGAUGGUAACCAUAAGUCUCUAAUGAUGUUGAUUGCGCAACGGAAGCACCAUGUCCUGUAGUGUUUGUAACUGAGUUCCAAUGAUUUUCUGUGCUGCUGUGAUUACUCUCUGCAGGGCCUUCUUGUCAGCUGCUGUGCAGCUCACAAACCACACCAGAAUCAGCGAUAGAAUAGAACAGCGAUAGAAUCAAAGAAGCCGCUGAUGUGAUAUGUCCAGUCUUUUCAAUGUCCGAAGGAAAUACAGACGCUGCUGUGCUUUCUUCACCAGGGCAGUCAUAUUUGUAGACCAUGUGAGGUCUUGUGAUGUAUGUGCCCAGAAAUUUAUAUGAGGGGACACACUGAACUGCAUCACCCCUAAUGUAUAGGGGAGCAGGGCCUUCACAUUGUCUCCUGAAAUCAAUGGUCAUCUUCUUGGUUUUGGAGAUGUUGAGUGCCAGGUUGUUCAUGGAGCACCACUCUGUUAGUCUGCGGACCUCGUCCCUGUUUGCAGAUUCAUCACCACUGUGUAUCAGACCAACUACAGUAGUGUCAUCUGCAAACUUAAUAAUGGUAUUUGUGCUAUAGGUUGGUAUGCAGUCAUGUGUAUAAAGGGAAAACAGGAGAGGACUCAGUAUGCACCCUUGCAGGGCCCCAGUAUUGACUGUCAGAGAGGAGGAGUGAUAAGUCCCCAUCCUGACAACCUGAGAAUGGUUGGUUAAAAAGUCUCUGAUCCAGCUGCACAUGUGCUGAUCCACGCCCAGGUCCAGCAGUUUGUUCUCCAUUCUGCUGGGUAUGAUAAAAUAAGAUGGCCUUUAUUGUCAUUGCACAAUCACCCAUACAACGAGAUUGACUUGCCACGACUGAAGGUGUAUUAAAAACACACAUACAUAAAAGCGAGAACACACAAAAACAUAAAAACAAGAACACAUCAAAACAAAAUAUUGGUCAUGUCAUGAAAAUGGAACAAAUCAAUAAGAUCGAGGUAGUUAAAAGUUAUUGCACUUCAUAAAAAUAAAGAACAUUUUAGCAACCCAUGUGUGUAUUAAAUGUCCUCACAGCCCAUGGAAAGAAGCUGUUUUUCAGGCUGUUUGCUCUACUCUUUAUGCUCCUGUACCUCGUUCCAGAGGGCAGCAGGCUGAGCAGGUGGUGUCCGGGAUGGAGGUGGUCGCGAAUGAUCUUCCUGGUUCUGGAGAGGCAUCAAGAGUUAGCGAUAUCAUCUAGGGAGGGCAGAGGACAGCCAAUUGUCUUUUCAGCUGACCUUAUCACCCUCUGCAGCUUUUUCUUGUCAGCCGCUGUGCAGCCAGCAUACCACACCGUGAUGGAGAAAGCCAGCACACUCUUGAUGGUGGAGCGGUACGUCACCAACGGCCUCUCCUCCAGUCUGUUCCUUCUGAGGACUCUCAGGAAGUGGAUUCGCUGUUGGGCCUUCCUCACCAUGGCUGUUGUGUUAGCUGACCAGGCGAGGUUCUCAACCAGGAGAUGUCCUCAAUUUAAAGGGAUGGAGCAUAAAAGGAGAGAGAGAGCAGAGAAAAGGGGCUCCCUCCUGACCACAACGCAUGUGUGCGUGUUGAGAACUGCUACAGUGGUGCCGAAACCCGGGAGCACAGAAGGGAACCACCCCAUGGAGUCCUCCCAUUCGAAGCGCUCAUCCUUGCCCUUGCUACCGCCCAACAGAACCAGCAUCAAGCGCUGAUCACCCUUCAAAAGGAACAAGAGCAACGCUUCGAAACCUUGAUGCUGGCCCAGCAGGAAGAUCGCCAGGCGUUCCGGCACCUGCUCGCGUCAGCAGGGGCGUCGACCACCGCUGCCGGCACCCUCACGAAGAUGGGACUGCAGGAUGAUCCAGAAGCGUUCUUCGCCCUCUUCGAGCAAGCAGCCGAGGCGUGGGGGUGGCCGCUGGAGCAGUGCGCGGCACGCCUCCUCCCGCUCCUGACUGGCAAGGCGCAGCUCGCACAGUGGUCGAAAUACUUUUUUUCCAGUGUUCUGCAAUAUUGCAGAAUGUCAAUUUUGUUCUGCAAUUUGGAAAUAUUUUCUGCAAAUGCACAAGCCUCCAUACUACACCCUUCUCAACCUAAUAAUGCCUAUAUUUACAUCAUAUCUAGCUUUACAACUCAUAGCAUUACUGUAAUUCUUUAUUCUCUCACUCUAUUUUUAUUUCAGUCUUCACAGAUCCUUCUCUGCAGCAAAGUUAUCAUUCCAUGAUACCUCCACAGGUCUUUCAUCCCCCUCGCCCUGACACUACGGGCUACUACAGCUUGAAGUAUACCAACUAAUUCAUAAAUGCACUAGUUAUCACACCCACACAUUAUCCUUCCACACAACAUACUAAUAAAGGUAUCACCACAAUAAAAAAUAGAACACAACUUUUCUUCAAGAAACAAAACAUUCAUUUCCACGUUACACGUCAUGUUACGUUUUGUCAAGAUUAAGUUUCUAGCUUGAACAAUAGAUUGUUACCCAAAAUGUACUUCAUUCACAGUGUUUGCAUCUGCAACCU